CACGGAAACGGCACUGCUGCUAACAACGACAACAACAGCAUUACGCUCGGGGAUAUCUCCCUUCGUAGGUUAGAGACAGACGGAUUGCAUAUAUGAACUUGGAAACAUGUACAAUUUUCGGGGUAAUGAAGCGCACAAUAUCGGGUAAAGUUCAAGUUCAAAAGUUGGUGAGGAAUUGCAAGCUAUCUUUCUGCUGUGUUUUAGCUAAGCAGGCUAACUAGCUAGCGGCUCCAGGGAAAAAAUGAAGGAGGUGAAGGGUUGCGGUAUGCGGUCCUCUGUUGGCUUUCUGUCUCAGAGAAGGCUUUUCGGGAACCCGCUGAUGAAGGAAGAAUUUCAGAGACUCCGGUUGGCAGGAUGCACAAGCCUUUACAAGAAAGAUAUGCUGGGACAUUUCGGGUGUGUAAACGCCAUAGAGUUUUCCAACAAUGGAGGGGAAUACCUUGUGUCCGGAGGGGAUGACCGCAGAGUGCUGCUGUGGGAUAUGGAGAGAGUCCUCCAUGCUCGCUCGGCCAAGCCUCUCAUACUGAAGGGAGAACACCUCUCCAACAUCUUCUGCCUGGCCUUCGACAGCACCAACAAGAAGGUGUUCUCUGGGGGUAACGACGAACAGGUCAUCCUUCAUGAUGUAGAGCAGUGAGUAUAUUAUAAGUCUUCAUCAGUGUGUACCGACACUGGAAUCAGUCUUCUGCCUCUCGUUCCACCCCAUCUCCCUGUACCUGCCUCUCGUUCCACCCCA